UGGUCCUCGUCUUGUCUUGUGCACCACCAAUCUGCCACCGUCGCUCCGCACGGCAAGGACAGAGUCCAAGCAUGGCGCCGCCGCCGUCGUGGAUCAUCCUGGGCAACGUGGCGCGGGUGUCGGGCACGGACGCCGGCGCGGACGACCUCCCGCCCGGCGCCGACCUCGCCCUCGCGCUCGCCGUCCCGCCGCGCGUCACCCUGCUCACCGUGCCCCAGCGAGUCUCGCCCGACCCGGACCAGUACCCCAUGGUCCUCUCCCUCGACCCCUCCGGCCUCAUCCUCCUCUCCACGCCGCCUCCUUCGUCGCCGCGCCCCGACGUCCAGAGCCUUUCCUCCUUGUCUGCCUCGAGCUCCGACGACUCCGACGGCGAGGAGGUCACGCUCAACAUCACCGACAUCGCGCCGCGCAAUCCCCCUCCCUCCUCGCCCCGGGUCUCCGACGGCGAGGACGAGGACGACUACGCGGUCACGCUCAACAUCACCGACAUCCCGCCCAACGGCUACUACGUCUGCAACCCCUCCUCCGCCACCGCCACCGCCACCGCCACCCGCCUCCCCGACUACGGCCGCGGCUUCCUCGACGACCGCUGCGCGGGCCUCAUCGCCUCCCCGUCGAGCCCCACCCACUACAUGGUCGUCGAGCUGCAGCCGCUCAACGGCAGCGACGAGGCCACCCUGCUCCGCUUCUCGUCCGCCACCGGCGAGUGGGAGGAGAAGGACGUGGCGUACCCCCCGUCGGGCGGGCUCUGGUGCAGCGACGCCGUGGUCGCCGCCGGCGGGAGGCUCUGCUGGGUGGACCUCUCCUGGGGCGUCCUCUCCUGCGACCCCUUCGCGGACGAGCCGGUCCUCGACUUCGGCGAGUUCCCCCAGGGCGGCAGGCUCCGGGACGGCCUCGGCUGCCUCCACUGCGCCGACAGGGAGCUCAGCACGCGCCGCUGCGCGCAGGUGAGCGCUGGCCGGUUCCGCCUGGUGGAGCUCUCCUGCGGUGACCACGGCUCUCGGCGCAGGGCCGUCGCGUUCCGGCCUUGGAUGAGGCUCCGGCAGAGCCUGUCCCGGAGCCACCGGAAGGCGCCUCGGAUCGUCAUGUGGACGCUGGCCGAUUCGGACGCCGGGGAGUGGAAGGUGGAGCACAGGGUGAACUUCGCGGACAUCUGGGCGGACGAGAGCUACAAGGAGACCGGCCUGCCCAAGAAAGCACCCGUGCUCGCGCUCGUCCACCCCAACAACCCGGAUGUCGUCUACUUCUUCCUCGGCAAGCACCUCUUCGGCGUCGAUCUGCGCGCCAGGAAGGUGGUGGAGUGUGAGGUCUACAAGCUGGUCGGACCGGGAAGGAAAGAUGUCUCCUCCGCCUGCGUCCGCGCAUGGGAGCUGCCGGCAGUGCUUCGUGCAGGUGUUCCUAGUGAGAAUGGCAGUUGUGUGAAUGAAGACUCUUCUGCUGUGCUAGCUAAUCAUAGCUGAUGAGAUGUAUGGCGGCCUUGUCUUACCAGGUAGAGGACGGAGCACAUCAAGUUAUUUCAGUCUGCAAGGUGGACAGGAUCAAUUAAUUAACAACCUCUAGACUUCGUAUUAUGCUCAAAAUGUUUAUUCCAUGUUUUUGACUGCCAUAAUGUGGUAUGUCGCAGACUUCACUACUUCAGGUGUACGUGUGUAACGAACUAACGAUCAGCAGGGUUAUCACUUACUCCCUAAGAAUUAUCUUGGAGUUGGUAGACAUUCUGCUUAUUUUGUGGAGAGAAGACAUUUAGCCUAUUUUCUUAUGAAAAGAAUUCUUCUGA